GAGCCCGAGCCCGAGCCAUCCGUCCCGAUUAAAGAAGGAGCCACUUGGACUUCUGCGCCCUGGAGGAGGACAGCCGCUGCUCCCUUGUUGCGAUGCGUGGGUGCGCGUUGAAUCAGGUUUGCCAUUGCGGUUUGCCGACCUACCUGGUGCUGCUCUCUGUCGUGUCUCUCACCGCCGCGGUCAGCUUCGACCUGACCGAGCUCAGGAACAAAGUUGCCAAAAUCAAAGUGAACCCCAGAGGCAAUCUGUGGGCUACAGGGCAUUUUAUGGGCAAGAAGAGUGUGAUGGACAACACUCUGCUGCCUUCGGCCGACGGCCCGGGUGUGGAUGCGUUCGGAGUUGGCCUGGGUCCGGAACAAAACGAGGAUCUCUUCCAGGAGGUUUUACGAGUGGCCCUACAAGCCCAGGUGGACACGCAGAAAGGCCUUCCGAAAAGCCAGGAGACGGGGUUGCUAAUGAAGAUUUUAGAAAACUACCGAAAGUGAGCUCCUGAACGAAUUAAAGCAUGGACACUCAAGAGGUCAUCUGAUCUGACCUCGCUGGUCAGGAUAACAAUGAUAAUAAUAACAAUGCCCCGUGUCUAUAGUCUUCUUUAUCAUAAUUGUAAUUUCACAGGAACUGACAUUAUCAUAGUUCGCGUCGCUUACAACAGGCUCUACCUGUCACUUGUGUGGGGAAUUUGUUUUCACGUUAUAUGGAUGAUGUGUACUACGACACUGUAUUGUUGAAAACUAUUUAUUUCAAAUAAAAUGAUUCUU